UUGUGUUUUGGUUGUGUAUACGCACCGCAGGCGUGCGCUGCUGCUGCUCCUGUCGCUAGCAACGACGAACAACGAGAAGGAUAACGACGAUGUGAACAGCUCGUCCAUUAACGAGGCGACGCUUUGUCCCAGUUGCAUCCGAACGCUUCAGCCGUAAACGUUAUCGAAACUGGCAACGCGCAAAUUAAGCUGGCCACCAUGGUGACCAAUGCGACAACCAACAAUAACAAUCUGCAGGCGAACAACAACAGCUCGACGCCAAACAAUAACAACGAUGACUUUGACAUUGACCAGGACGAUGGCCUCCAGGAUCUGGGCUUGCCCGUAUCCGUGCAGACAUUCCUCUGGCGCCAAAUAGCGCCCUUUAUAAGGCCGCGACUGGGCAAACUGCAUGAGGCCAGCUGCAUGUUUUGUCAACACGCACCGGGACACCAUGAAUCCAAAGAAGCCUGCAAGUCCUUUGAGAAGGUGCUGGUGCAGAAUAUUCAGUUCGGCCUCUCCCCGCCGUUAACUAAGGCCCUGGGCGCCAUUCCACGUUGGCGUCUUCUACAGGGCGCCCUGCCGCAUGUCAUGCACGCCUGCGCAGCUUUACUUUACUGCCGCGUGAAGGACAUGCAGGCCAUUGGGCCGGUCGAAACCAAGUUGCUGUACACUAUGCAAUGGAUAUUACUCUAUGCAGCCGAGGAAUGCGCCGAUGACGAAGGAGGCGAUGAUCUGGGUUUGGCUGAAGCUGCAGAGCCCAAGCCCAAGGCUAUGGAUCAGUAUUUGUUUUCGGUGCCAACUAUCACGCUUUUUGUGUAUCUGUUCGCGCCCAUCAUACAUCAUCUCAAAGAAUCGGACUUUCAAAACUUUCGCCUGGAGAAUGGCAUUAAACUGUGGCAGGGCAUGUGGGACAAUCGAGCACCGGGUGCUCCAUGUUUCACCGCGCCCGUGAAGCCCAAGGCCCGCAACUUGCUGUGCGCACCCACGCCAAAGGGUUCGACGGAUGUGUUUCAGGGUCGCAAGCAUUCCCUGGGACCCGACGCUAUGUCGCCCAAGGCGGACUCGCCGCAGAGCGGCCUCACUGACUACGGCCCGCAAGAUGAGGAUGGCUCCUGGGUGUCUUCGCCCAAGGAGUUUUUCCCAGAGACUAUACCUGAAGAGGCUUCCAGCGUCGAGGACGAGCGUGUUGUCAUCUUUAGGCUGCCCUCCGCACCGCAGCUCAUGGAUAACUCUUUCUUCACGGCUGAUGCCAGUUUGCUUCAGCAGCAGCAGCAACUGCAGCUAUCGCAAAGCCGUCGGGGCAGCCAUCAAUCAAUGAAUUCACGUGACAAAGAGAAGGCACCCUCCACCAAGUUUGAGUUUGAUCAGCAGGAGUUGACGCGUGGCGCUUCCAUGAAGGAGAAACGCAGCGCCUCCAUUGAAAAGGAAUCGGAAACGGAUAAAUCUGAGAGUGCGAAGGCGGAUGUCUCGGCUGCCACCUUUCUGGAUGUGGCCGUACUUAGAUGCCUCUUCAUCUCGCACUGGCAGGAAGAAGGCAUCUUCUGGAGCCUACAGUACCUUUACAACAGACUCAGCGAAAUCGGCGAGGAUGCAGCCAUCACAUUGAAUCAGCCACGAAAACGCUCCAACUCGCUGCCCAUACCACAAAUCGAGAUCUCACUGUACCAGGGUCCGGGCAGCAACAGUCGGGAUAGUCCGGGCAGCUCUGUGGUCAAGGAUUACAUUGAAAUACCCGAGCCAGCAGCAACCGUUCAAGCCGGUGUAGUUGGGGCUUUUCUUUCAGAGGAGUCUCCGACCAUGCCUAGCACUUCAGAACGUCGGGGCAGCGAGAAAAAGAAGCGCGUAAAAAUGGCCGAUCUACGGGCCUUUGUUGAAACGAAAAUGUUCUCGAAAUCGGAAAAGAACUUGGAAAAAGUAGGGCUCGAUACAAACUCUGCCAAUGGCAAGAAUCCACUGCAACAUGCAGAAUAUCAUCGUAGCCUCGACACGGGCGAGAAGAAACUGUCACGAUCUGCCUCAAUGAUAACCCGGGAGCCAGCCAGUAAUCUCAUCAAGGGAAAGUCUAUGCCCAGCUUGAGCUGUCUGCUUGAUAGCGGAUACAUAGAACCGCCGAAGGCCUCAAGGCCACCACAGGCCACGUGUCCACGAUCCACAGCUUUCUAUCCACGCAAUCCCAUCAUCACCGUUACAGAGCAUACGCCCACCCCGUCGCCGGAUUAUAUGAAGCGACAGGGCUCCAUUGAUUCACAGUUGGAUGCACUGAGCAAUGGUGGAAGCAUUGCUGGCACUGGUGGUAAUGGCAGCGCUGGUGGUGGCAGCAGUACCACUCGCAUUCGCGGACCCAUGCUGCGCUCGCACACGGACUCCCACAUUGACUAUACGGGCGUGGAUGAGUCGGAGGCACCAGGCUCCUCCUUCUAUAUUACUCGCGAUGGCGGCAUCGAUUAUGAGAUCGUUCUGCUGGCCGUCAGCAGCGUGUUCAAGCGGGAUCCGUCCCAGGUCUGCUCGCUGCGCGUGCUUGAGGCGGGCCUAAAUAUCUGCGAGCUUCUCAUCGAGAUGGGCGUCCUAAAGUUGGGCGAGCAUGCGCAUGAGAUAUCGAUGGGCAUAACACGACGUGCACUCCAGGUGCUGGGCUGUCCCCAUGGCUGCAAUGAUGGUGUUCGCGGUCCUCCCGCCGAUUUUCUGCGCAAUCAGUGCCAGAAGAUUAUCGCGCGUAUGUUGCGCCAGGCCGGGCAGCGCACCAAGCGCUAUCUCCAGGAGAUGGUCAGGACUUCGCCGCUUCCGGAGCUCAUUGAUUAUUUCCAUGCAUUUCUGGCUUUUUGCGUGGAUCCCAGUUCGUUGCUGUCGCCUUUGAGUCAGGGCGGCUAUUCCACAAAUUUUAGCGGCGGCGUGAGCGGCGGCGCCGAGGGUCAAGUGGUUGGCGCCAUAUUUAAGCAGCUUGUCACUCGGUUUGUCGAUGCCAGCAAGGAUCUCAAAUUGCCGGAGAAUGUUGCACUCUAUGGCGAUAUACGCCAGUUGGUCACCUACGUAAAGGGCGCACAUGGUGGUCCGUUUCGCUUGGUGGCACUCAGCGGCAUAUUGGCGGUGACGCCGCGUCCACACAAGAAAGGACCCACAGCACAAACCACAAGGGUAAUUAGGCACAUACCCCAGGCGAAUGCUACGCAGGUGGUACAGAAUGACGACAAUCGUUCGCAGCGCCGGCUGCUGCUCAAGAAACGCAGCACAUCCUCUGCCUGCGCCAGUUUGCUGGAGACGGAGCCGUGCGAUGAGCACUACAAGACCAGCCAAUCACCACUGAGCAACUUUAGGCGUCGCACAACUGGCGUCCGACCCACCCUGACACCAAGGCACAGUGAGCGAGCGCUGCUCUCCGAUUCCACGUCCAGCUCAGAACGCAAUUCGCUGGGACGGCUCAGCGGCUUGGUGCGCUGGUUUCGAGGCACGCCCAAAGAGGCGUCAUCGAUUGACCUGGAGAUAGGCUCGCUAAAUCCCGAGAUAUCUUCCACAUUUAUGCGGCAUGCCUCGCUGAAGAUUCAACGGGGUCGUUCCAGCGACGGCAUCGGCCGUUCCAUACAGCGCGCCAAGCGACGCGUCGAGCGACGGCUGAACCGUUUCGGCGGAAUUGUGAAGGGCAAAAAGAAGGUGGGCGGCAUCGAAGAGACAGCGGAUUACAGUCGACGCAGCUCGUCCGACAUGUGCGACGGCCCCCGCGAAUCCGAGGUGGUCAUACUCAAAGAGCGCAAAUUGGUGCCCACUGAACCGGUGCGAGUUGGCAUGCUCCGCUUAUCCUUUCUGCUGGAGACAUGUGCCCCAGGCACCUUUCCAGAUCCUCAGCUAAUUGCAGCCGUCUUGGAUUUGCCCCAAGCGCCGUUGAUCACGCGUGCCACCUUUCUGCUGGAGUGCGCACACUUUGUGCAUCUGUGCAACAAGGGUCAAUGGCCCAUUUGGAUGAAGCAGAAUGUUGGCGGCUAUCGUGCCUCAGGCGCCAACAUAAAUCCCGCACAGAUGAAGCAACAGGUCAGCCAGACGAGUGCCCGGCGCACACACAUACUGCUGCGUGCCGCGGGCAAAAUGUUUCAUCAGUGGGCGGAGAUGGUGGGCGCUCGUCUCGAGGAGCUGCUCUUCACCGAACGACUGCAAUACGAGGCGUUGAAUGCAAGUCUAACGGAUCCAGAGAAGCAGCGCGAGCUUCUGCAGCAGGAUGAGGAGGAGGAUUUCCUGGACGAGACCUCUGUUAAUCCGCAUGGCAAUGACUGCCCGCAUGCACUCAAGCUAAUUGCCUGCGUGCUGCUUUUCGAGAUUACGGCUUUUUUGCGAGACACCUAUAUCACACUGCCCAAAACAUCGAAGAUGCUGCACCGCGACCGGCCUGCACCCUGGGAGAAGGUAUACCGAGAGGCCAAUAGACGGUGGUCCAUGGCGCUCAGCUCCAUGGGCCACUCGCAGACCUCUGCACAGAGCCUGCAGUCCAUAGCAGCGGGCAACGAUGGCGCCGGUCAAACGGAGCGCAAAAUCUCCUUUGUCCUGCACGAGCCGGACAACGAAUCGGAGAACAGCAGCAACACCACCCUAACCAAGGAAGGCAAGGAGGGCGAGGAGGCAGCUCGUCGUCCUACCGCUUCGACAGUGCGUCCGUUCCUGCUGCGACGCGGUACGGCCACCACAACUGGCGGUUCGUUUAAGCGUCGCUCGCUCAAGCUGCGCCGAAAUACCAAGGAUAGCAAGGACAUUGAAACAGAUUUCAACAUGCAGUCGCGGCGUAAAGUUUCCUCGCUUUCGGACCGCAGCGAUACCUCCGAGCAAGGCGUCAUCAGCGGAGGCGAGGAAUCGCCGGGCAUACUCAGCGAUGAUCAGCAGCCGGAAUCGCCAACAGACUCGAAUGAGAACGACGACACGGCCAAGAACAUGCCCUGGCUAAAAGCUGUCAUUGAUCUAUUAACCAGCUACAAUUACUACUGCACUCACAGGGGCUACUGUCAUCCCUUCUGCUACAAGCGGCACAUGCGCUCCUGCACCCGGUUGAUUAAGGCAACGCGUAAGGUUUAUGGUGAGGAAUUCGGGUUUACUUUCGAUGCGGAUCAUCCCAACGUAGAGCCCACAGUCAUUAGCUCCAGCAAGGCCACAGCUCGACCUCGUUCGACCCGCAAAGUGUCAGAGCAAAGCUCCACACAAACGUCUCCGUCCAAGCGCAAGGACAGUUUGUCCCGUAAGGAUCGCAUCAGCGAUGAUCCGGACAUUGAAAUGGCUGAGAAACUGGCGCGCGCGUUUCGCCAGAAGAAGGAAAAGAAACUGCUGGAGGAGCAACCUAUAUUGAAGUUCAUACGCAUUCACAUACGCAAUCUGUUCCACUUUCCGCUGACCACCAUGCUGAAAGGCGCGGUGGUGCUCACCGAGGAGCUGGUGAUUGAGGCCAUGCCUGCCGCUUGGGAGCUGCUUCUGGAGACCAACCACGACACGGCUACCUCCAGUGCGGCUGUCUUCCUUAUGGGCUCGGUGAAGGCACAAAAUUUCGCCUUUGACAUUAUGCAGCGCGCCCUGAAGCACAAGAAUCCGGAUAUACGCAUUGGUGCGAUUCAGCGCUAUCUAGUGCUUUGGAAGUGCCGCUUUCAUGUCUGGCCACGCAUGGAGGACAAUGCACACGAUGCGACCUUUAAGGUGCCACCAGGAGGCAUAGAGUUUACGCUGCCCUCGCCCAAAAUAGGCAUCGAGAGUCUGCCCGUUGUGGAUCCGCCGUGGAUGCCCGUCCAGCAGACCAAGGAUAUGGAUAUGACACUGAACCAGGACAGACAUCGUUCGCUGGUGACCGCCACGAAGAGCCGCAAAAUGCAACAAACGGAGGCGAUUCGGAAUGCUCUCCGCCAGCAGCGAGAUAAACAGCGCGCAGAGAGGCACAGCUUUCUCAUCACCAUGAUACCCAUCAGCCAGCAGGCCUCUCAUGAGCCAGGCAUGGAGCAUGAGGAUCAUGAGAUAGAGGAGGAUCUGGAUGGCACACGGGCCUCCUCACACCUACAUCACGCCCACUCGCUGUUUCCAUCGGUGCUAUGCUCCUCUGUAAUGCAGAUUGUGGGCUGUCUGGAUGAUGCAGCCAUUGGCUCCGAUGGCAAUGCCGUUUACGAGGUGGCCUAUCAGGUAAUCUGGGUGUGCCUGGUUGAGGAGUCGGCCUUGUUCUUGCGCUAUGUGUUCGAGCGCCUCACACGCGAUCGCCAGGAUCAAAUGUUCAAGCUGUUGCGACAUUUGAUACGCUUUGUGCCGCGCCUGCCACAACAGGCCGCAUUUGCCCUCUACAACUCCAUCAUUGGCUAUAUAAUGUUCUAUGUGCGCUCCUCCAAUGAGCUCAAACAGGAGCUGGUGGGCUCUGCCCUGUCCGUUCUGUGGAUGGUAGUGCACUCGGUGCAUGGCAUCAUGUUCAAGGAUCUGAAGCAAAUACUGCGCAAGGAGCAGUGUGAUGCAUCCAUUCUGCUCACAGCCAAUGUGCCUGCCGCCAAGAAGAUUGUGGUGCACGGUCCGGCGGAUGAUGACUACAAUAUACCCUCGCAGUUUCCUGUGCAAGAGGACACGCUAUUCUGCCAACUGCUGAAAGAAGCGUUAGACUAUUAUCCCAUUGAUGAGAAAAGCAUUACGCAUUACUGCCUGGUCGACUACAAAAGCAACAAAAUACUCAAUCCCAACUGGUAUAUCCGGGAUCUUUACUUCUUCAAGCGCUCGCAGUAUCCAGAGGUGCGUUUAAUGCUUAUGCGUCCGGAGGAGUCCUUCCUGGCACUACAGAAACAGGAGCUAACGAAAAAAUUUGUCGAAAUCGGCAAGGUGCAUUUAACCUGGGCUAUUCUCAAAAAUGUGGACAUGGUUGUCCAGCGAGUAGUUUUUCUGCAUGAGGAGCUGAUGAAGUUGCCGUCGUUUCCGCGCAAGGCGCUCGAAGUGGAUCUAGAUCUGCAUCAUGGUGGCGAAUAUGGCAAGGUGCUGCUCGGUCUGGACGUGCUUCACAAGUUCAUGUGGGUGCGCUUGAUAGCCCGCAUGUUUGAGGCCAUGGCUGGCAACUUUGCCUACUCGGCGGACAUACAGCUGUUCCUAAACGUGCUCUCCGGCGCAUCCAUACUGCAUGCUGAGGAUUCAUGCAUCAUGCGCUAUGUGAUGGCUACAUUCAUCAAUGCUGCCUUCAACUUUAAGAACAUAUUCUCCACGAAUGGCUAUUUCAUGAUCAUGCCCACUUUGCUUCAGGUGUACUCCCUCCAUCAAACCAACAAGCUGAUCACCACUACCAUCGAGUACGCCGUAAAACAGUUCUAUCUCCUCAAUCGGAAGCCCUUCAUCCUGCAGAUGUUUGGCUCCGUUUCGGCUAUACUAGACACGGAUGAGGAUGGCACCUAUGGCGAGGCACAUAAGGUCCAAUCCAGCUGCUUGUUCAAUCUGCUGCUCAGCCUUGAGGAUCCCUCACCGGAUCCGUUGAAUAUAGCCGAACUGGUCAAGGAACCAAAACCCCUUAAAGCCAUUGACUUUUGUUAUCACGACGAGGACGACGAUGUUACCGUGCUGGACUGCAUCACUCUGUGCGUAAUGGUCGUCUCAUACUCGGCAGAGAGCACGCGUGGCUACCAAAUGCUGAUCAUUUUGGAGGCAAUACUGCCCUGUUAUCUACAGCAGAUCCAAUCACCCAGCUAUAUACCACUGCAGGGAAAAUCCGAACGGGAUAUAAUACUUCAACUGGCCGUAGCCAUCCGCACCAUGGUGCAUAACUGCGAGGGCCUGGCCAAGAGCUACAAUGGGCCCUAUCGCAACAGUCCGGAGCAUAAGGGUUCGUCGCAGCGCAACUGCAGUCGCGGACCGCCCUGCUCGCCGGGCAUGGACUUUGAGGAGGAAUCGCAUACGAAAUAUGCAACAGAUCCGCGAACUAAAAACAUGAUGGACUCUGCCGAGGAUUCGGAAAUGAUACGCACCGAGUACCGACGUCCCAGGGAUGUUCUGCUCUCCGUUGUCGCCGAUUUUCUAAUCAAGUCCACCACACGGCUAUUCGAGCUGGCCAAGAAGCUGCCGGCAAACGAUAGCAAGCCCACAGAGGUGCUGGACGCCAAGUGUCACAUACGCUUGGCAGAUAUUGCACAUUCGCUGCUGAAGGUGUCACCUUACGAUCCUGAGUCCAUGGCCUGUCGUGGCCUGCAGCGGUACAUGCAGUCGGUGCUGCCUCGGGCCGAGUGGUCAAAUGAUACACUCCGCAAUGCUUUAGUUACGGUGCUUCGCCGUAUCGACAAGGUGUUUCUUAAGAUAUCCAAGAAGCCCUCAAUACGCCGCAAUACGGAUUGGGAGGCGGCCGCCGGACUACUCAAGGGUAUACACGAGACAAUCAUUAGGCAUCCUUAUGUCCUGCACUGGCAGCAGAUGAAGACUCUGAUCUCAACCGUGCAGAAUCUGAUUGUCAAUGAGCCGGGCAGCGGCGGCAUACCCGAGGGUGUGUCUAGCGCAGGUGCAGCGCUCAUGUCUCAGAAUCCGCCGGCCUUUUUCUGCUCGGCGGUGGUGCGCCUGGUGGCGCUACAGGUGGUCAGUCCCGUUGACUGUUUCUCGCUGGUCCAAAUCUGCGGUGGCAGCGCCGAGUUUGCCACGCAGGAAAAGGCCGAAGGAUUUCUAAUGCAUCUGAUCAUGCCACUGUGCUUGAAAGUCUGCUCCGGUCGCGGCGUCUCUGAUGUGGGCGAGCUAAAAAUGAGCGAUGUCUCUUUUCUGCUCACCGCCGUUUUGAAUGCCAUGAGUCCGCCGGCUGGCCGCACCGGCCAGGUGGUCUCGCAAAUCAAUCGUGUCACUGGAGAUUUGCGCGCCGGCUCCUUGACCUUUACGGGCAGCCGAGAUGCCAAGCGUCCGGCUCGCAUCUCGGGCUCGCUUUAUCAGGCCGCUUUCCUCGCUUUGCGCAUCGUGUGCAUCUGCUUCGAAAAUCGCCUAUCCAGCGAAUGGCCACGUAUUGUGCGCGUCAUGCGUGACCUAGGCAGGCGCAACGAGGCGGCGCCGGAUCUUUGGAGCUUCAUGGAAUUCGUGGUCACGCACCGCACGCCGCUCUACAUUGUCCUGCUGCCCUUCAUAUUGCACAAGAUCUCGCAACCACCCAUUGGCGAUCACGAGCGACACAUGCAGUUCAUAAUUAGAGAGCGUCUGCGGGGCACUCCGCCGCAGGGCGGGAUGAAGUCGAAGGGUGCGCUACUGCUUGAGCUGGCCCGCGAGCUGCGCGACCUGCGCGACGAACUGGAGGACAAACGCUAUGCCUCCACAGAUCGCGAGAGCUCCGAGCAGAAGAAAAGCGAUACGCCGGCAGCCACAAGCGCUGCGGAUGUACACAAGUCACAGCAGAGACCCUCGCUGAUAUCCAUAUUUACGGGCACUACCACCGGCCAGGCCACACAUUCGCAUGUCUCCGCUGUGCCCAUCGAUUCACGCAGUGGCUCUGGCGGCAUAUGCACGCCCAGCGAUACACUCUCCCAGCAGACGCUGCAUCCACCACGUGAAUCCCUGUCCAGCAGCUCUACGAACCGUGAUCCACAUACCACGACCAGUGACAGCCAGAGCGGCGAGGGCGCUGCGGGCUCAGCGCCUACGCUAGUGGGUCAAACACCUAGCUGCGGACCCAGCGGUUCGGGACAUGGCAUGACCGCCGUCUCUCCGCUGCCGCACUCGCAGUCGCUGCAGCAGGCGCCGUUCAAGGCACAGCCUCCCAAAUUGCGUUUCGUUUCAUCUGUGGAAUUCCGGCACUCCUCCGGCGAGACCUCAACGACGCCACUCUCACCCGAGAGCCCCGCCGAAGAUAGUUCAGGCGAUCACACACGGUCGCGCCUGCAGCGCUCCAAGGCAGCCAGUCGCAAAACGUUCCGGCUCAAGCGCAGUCGCCUGACUCCCAUGGAGCCGCCCAGCAUUGUCACCUCACUCUCACAGGAGGAGCAUCAGCCUAAGGCCAUCGGCGAAAUAUCCUGGGACUCGGUCUCACAAACAUCAUCCACAUCUGGCUAUCGAGAUAACAACAGCCUGCAGACGGGUCUACUCUCUCCGGACGGCUCGCUCGGUGGGCUCACACUGGGCCGCUCGCCCUCGCAGCACUCGCUGCUGAUGGUAUUCGAGGGUCAGGACGAGGACACGCUUAUUUAACAAUCACAGAACGGCGACCGAGCCUACGAGCUUUAGGACAGCCUGAACGUAAAAAUAAAUUAACCACAGACAUUUUAGCUAGCCUUAACAAUUCGUAGAACAAUAAAAAAAAGUUCAUGUUAAGUUUUUAUACUUAAGAUUAGUUGUUUUUCAGUAUGCUUGUGUGUAGUUGAAUUAGGAAAUUAAUAAAUUAAAUUGGUAGCGGUUCGAAAACUUGAAGUUGAACUUGUUUCCUUGAAAUAUUUAUGAUUAGAAAAACAUAAGUGUUUUAAUUUUGCUAAUAAGAAGUUUCGUGACGAAUAAUGGGAAUAUUUUAGGUUUUCCUCCGUAAACACCCAAAAGUCUAAGAAAAAGGUAAGAUUCUUUAAAGUAUUCUAUAUAUUAACAUACAUUAAGUACACGCCCGUGGAAAAUUGAGUCUUGAUCUCCAAAAAUAAUAUGAUUUAAGUGCAUCGAAUAAAGAACCAAGUGAUGGAAUCAACGACUUUAUAAGAAUAAACUUUCGUUAAUUAAACUUUGACUUGCAUAUACCUCCGCAUUUUUCGAAGAGUGCUUAACACUCAUCAGAUGAAUUUUGACACAGAUUUUUGAAAAUUAUUUAGAAUCCGAUCGGUUGAUAACCGAAAAACCUUCAUACAACCGUUUUUCGCUAACUAACCACUGUUGUGGGUAGAAUUUCCAUAAGUAAUACCACUCGCAUUCGCGGACCCAUGAUGCGCUCGCACACGGACUCCCACAUUGACUAUACGGGCGUGGAUGAGUCCACCUUCUAUAUAAUAUAUGUUUCAUUGGAAUUUGAAUAUAUAUGAGGAUUAUAGUAAAACUA